ACAUACAGUAAGCAGAAAAACAGGAACAAAGUGAUAACAUAUGCCAAAGUACACCUGUACACCUGAGUAAAGGCACUCCUUUCCCAGGACGCUGAAAUGACUGAGAAGCGGAAGGAGGAAAAUGCACUGAAACCUAAUACAUCCUAUAUUUUACAGAUCUUUCAACAUUGAUUCUGUUUGUUUUUUUGGAAGGAUUUCUGUGAUUAGGGAGUAUUGGACGAGUUGUCUUUUUUUUGUUUUUGUUUUUUUGCGGUGUGUAUUAUUAUUUUUUGUUUAGAAAUCACAACCUAGCGGCAGCUUCACUGUAGAGGACUAGAGGUUUUUUUCCUUUCACAUACUCAGUGAAUAUGUGGUCUAUGAAGCUCAUCAUCCUCCUCCUGUUCUGCUAUGGCUGCCUUUCAACCAACAAUGGGAAAGUGUAUUUUGUCUCCAGGAACUUUUACAACAUACUCCACUGGGCCCCUGCAGAGCCUGUCGUCCCUGGGGAAAAUGUCGACUACUUGUAUAGUGUCCAAUACAAGAGUGAUGCUGAGGGGCAGUCAUUCGAGAUAAAAAAAGGAUGUCAGAGCACUAAAGCUUUGUCCUGUGACCUGACUGCAGAAACUCCAUCAAUUCAUGAUGUUCACUACUACGCUGAGGUGCUCGUCAAUGGGACCUGUUACGGCCGGACCAAUAGAUUUAAACCUAUAGCAGAAACUAUUCUUGGUGCACCCACCUUAUCUCUGCACACAACGGUGUCGUCCUUACACGUUAACGUCACCCUGCCCUUGGGCCCAAAUGGAGUCUCCAUAGCAGACAUCAUCAACAAAAGUAAAAAUGGGCCGUCCAAACCUGUAGCUGUUUAUAUCUUAAAGAUCACACACCCAAAGUGGGCUGCACAGGACAAAGAAAACACAGUUGGUCAGUUCGUCAUCAACUUGAAGAACAACCGAACAGAGUACUGCGGCUACGUGGUCUACAAGCCUGAAUCUGAAUGGGGUCGUUCAGGGAGCGAGAAUGCCUCCUUCUGCAUCACGCUGCCAGGUGAUCCUUUGAUGAUUUUGCCAUGGCAUCUCAUUAGUGCUGCUCUUCUGGUGGCCUUGGUCAUAGCGUCAGUCGUGUGUACAUGCAACUAUGUGAGGGGUGGAAAGGAAAAGAGCAUGCCACAGGGAUUGGUACCCUUCCAACCUUCCAACACCACACCCAGAAUACUGCUGUCACCAGAUGAGAAUCGCAUCAUUUCCAAACUGGAGAUCUGCACUCAAAGUGACCAAACAGUUUAUGCAAAGAUCCGGGUGCCGCCAAAUGUGGCCUCAUUAAGGAGUGAUGGUUAUUCUCCCCAGGACAUCCCCUGGCCUGGAAGCUCUGGCUCAUCUGUGGACACAGGUACACAAAGUCCAAGUCCAAACCCUGAGGCCACGAGCGCUCAGUCCUCUGAAAUGUACAGCUUAGUGGCUGUCCAUAUUCCCGCUGAAGAGAAAGACUUUCAGCAGUCUGCCAUUAAAGCCAGAGAAAACAGAAACUCACCAUUGUCUUCCGGUGGAGAAAAUUGGAAUAAAGGUGGAAUAAGUCCAAAGCUAACAACGUUACCUGUUCAGGACCCUUGCAACAGUGAUCAAUACAAGCCACUGUUGGUGCACGCUGUGCGCGACGCUAACGGACAACUCGUGUUGCCUUUGUUCGCUGGUCAUUUUGGGAGCAGCACGGAUAAUGCAGAGAGAAAACCCCUUUUAUCAGAUCUCAUAGUCUCCAUGCCGGACGGGCCAUCGUUGGCAUCCUUGCAGAGCUCUGAUGGCUCAGAGUGGUCAGACUCUGGUUGUGAUGAUAGUACUAUGAACACACCAACACAAGCAUACUGCAACACCAAUUACUGCCCAUCUCAACCUGUCGUUUCCUAUUUCCAGCAGGGAUGUCAGACAAUACAAUCUAGCAAUGCCAUAUUUGACUCAGGUUACAAACAAAACUGGAUGCCUGCGACCCUUGGAGAUAUAUCUAAAGACAGCUGUGAAUACAGAAGGACAAACUAUCCUUGCACCUGGACUGCUCCCACAAUGAAGGAGGAAGGUGAGGUAGAGGAAGACAGAGGUGGAGAGGACAGAAUUUUUCUGGGACAUUGGGCGGUACAAAUUCAGGAAUAAUUAUCCUCUCUAUAACUUUAAGACAUUUGUUUUCCUCUAACGUGGAGCUCUGACAGGUGCUUUAGCGACGAAGCAUUACUCAAAGACUUCAAGUCAUACUUAUCAACCACACCUGUACGUUAAAACACAUUUUAUACCUAGAUGUGAUAUAUUAUGCUAUGCUGGAAAUCUGGUUUUAUUUAUUAAAUCUACAUUUGUGAAAAGUUAAAAAAAAAAAUAAUAAUAAUAAUUACUAUCUUAUACUGUGAGUUUACAUUUGAAGAAAUCAUUGUACAGUCCUGGUUCACUUUCUAAAUGUUAAUGUUUAAGAAACACUUUAAUAAACAGAACUUGUAUUUAUAAAUUGUUGAAAGUUGUUAACUCAGAGUUAACAUUUUCCACAGUUGGUAUAAUCUAUUCUGGAUUUUACCUCCUCUUUUCCUCUUGGUGUAGAUGAGUGACUGUUUUGUGUAAAUUAUCAUAGGCAGCAAAGGGAAUAUAGCAACUACUAUAAAGUUAAAAGGUGUCUUAGUGUAUUCCACAUCAACAAAAUUAUUUUCACAUUGUUAUGAUAGUCUAAAGCUGCACUCAGACAGUGAAACCACAUGAUCACACCAUUCAUGUUUGUACUUUAAGUGGUUUGAAAUGUAGUUUAAAUUACUUUCCUGAAAUUUUAUUCAGUCUGACAACUUGAAUGAAGUGUUUUAAGUGCACACCUGCAGCUGGAUAAAGGAAAUGGUUUGAUGCUUUCUCUAUUUAAAAAAAAAAAACAAAGCAGAAUAAACAACAACCAACUCAAAAAGUGCGUAGGCGAUCCGUGACUAUGACAACACAUUAUUGCAACUUAUUACACUCCCUAAAUACACAAACCCAAUCU